CGUACCAUUUGGAAAAUGCAGCCCAACAAGCUUACAGCUAUAACUAAUAAAUAUUUUUAAUUGCAAAUAUUAUAUAUCUUGCUCCUUUUUAUAUGGUUAAGACUUCUAUACAUAAUAUUGCUCAUUUUUGUUACAUGCUAUACUUAAAUUUCUGACAUUAUUAGAAAAAGGCUGUCUGGGUUUGGGUCAUUGGGCCGCCCAGCAUUCCAGGGAAGACUGGGCCGGUCCGAGGAGUCCAUUAACAUCAGACAAAAGCCUAGGCUUAGGGUUGUGGUCCUCUAUAUAAGACCUCCAUCUUCGAUCUCCGGAGGCCAAGGCGGGAGACGGCGAGGGCGAAGAAGAACCCGCCAUGGUUCACGUCAGCUUCUAUCGGAACUAUGGAAAGACCUUCAAGAAGCCCCGCCGCCCCUAUGAGAAGGAGCGGCUCGACGCCGAGCUGAAGCUCGUGGGUGAGUAUGGGCUCCGGUGCAAGAGGGAGCUGUGGAGGGUUCAGUUCGCUUUGAGCCGGAUCCGGAAUGCGGCCAGGGAGCUUCUGACACUGGAUGAGAAGAACCCUCGCCGGAUCUUUGAAGGAGAGGCCCUCCUCCGCCGGAUGAACCGGUACGGCCUCCUCGACGAGAUGCAGAACAAGCUUGAUUAUGUUCUGGCUCUCACUGUGGAGAACUUCCUCGAGCGCCGGCUCCAGACUCUCGUGUUCAAGUCUGGGAUGGCGAAGUCCAUUCAUCAUGCCAGGGUCCUUAUCAGGCAGCGCCACAUCAGAGUUGGUAGGCAAGUGGUCAACAUUCCAUCAUUCAUGGUGAGGGUGGAUUCAGCGAAGCACAUUGACUUCUCUCUCACAAGUCCAUUUGGUGGGGGCUGCCCUGGUAGAGUGAAGAGAAAGAACCAGAAGGCUGCAUCAAAGAAGGCAGCCGGAGGCGAUGGUGAUGAGGAUGAUGAGGAAUGAGUGCUUUUACUUUCAGUUCUCCACAGUUCUGCGAGUAACUCUUCAGUCUCAACAGACACCUUGGGAGUUAAUUUAACGCACAGCAUGUGCUUGCUGGAGCUGUUGGCGCGUGUGGUGGAGCUGCUACUUCAAUGAAGAGUGCAGGGGUGUUAAUGUUUUAGUUGGUAAAAGAAACCAUAGCUGUGUUCGCCCUGAAGUUUUUUCAGCCAUCACCUGGGUCAUCAUAAUUUCACUAGACCAAGGAUCUCACUGGACCUUGCAGCCACAAUACCAUCUGAGAUACAUAAUAGAUUGAUGUAUCAUCGAUCAAUUGUCUCAUCAGGCUGGAAACGUCUGAUAAAAGGCUCAAGGUCGAGCAGGUUAUGUUGUACAUGGUUUCUUGGAGUCGACAGUAUGGAACAUGAGGUGCCUCAGCUUUUGUUAUUGCACAUGAUUAUUUGGCUGCCAUAUGAUCAUCAUGUAAUCUUUUCAUGUGUUUGAAGUGUUCUUAAAUUACUGUUUCUACAACCUGUUAGCUUGAAGAUGUUGGGUCCAUCAUGUUACAGG